UAGACGGCCUCCGCCCCCCCACCCCCAAUGGCCUCUCCCGACCGCGGGUUCCGGAGUUGGUUACCACUAAUUUCAACGAAACCAUUAACGGACACCCUGACGACCUAGGGCAGCUUCUCCAAGCCGUGUCCCGCCGGCCAGCUCCCACGAGUUCCAGCGGCGGAGGGCGCUCGCUGCCAGACCGCCCACGCCGCCCCGACCCGCGCGGAGCAGGCGCACCGCGGGGCAGGCUGUGGCGCGUACCGCGAGCGCGAGCCGGAGCCCGAGCCCAGGCGCGCUCACGCCGCCCGGCACUGCCCGCCCUCCCCCGCCUUCCCGCGGAGCCGACCCCGGAACCCCGCGCCGUUGGAGGAGCUCCAGGUGAGCCCGAGCGCCCUGUUGGACCGAGGAAAGCCGGCGGAGAACAGGGCAACUGGGGAGGGCAGCAGAGCUGGCCCUGCAGUCCAGGCAGUCGUGGUGGAAAGGCGGCGAACUGGUGAGCAAGCGCGGAGUGAGCGAGCUGGGGGCGGACUCGAGCCCCGGCUGCGCUCGCAGACUGGUGGGCCAGGGCCCGGGGCCCGCCUUGCCCGGCAUCUGAACCGGACGGCCCAGACACAGAGGGACGGAGCGAGCGAGGAGUCAUGGCCACACCGUUCCUGCCCGCGGGGGCCACCACGGGAGACAGCGGCGGAGAGCUGAGCUCAGGAGACGACUCGGGGGAUGUGGAGUCCCCCCAGAGCCCCGAGACCGAGGCGUCCAGGAACCUGGCCGAGCUGUUUGAGAAGGCUGCCGCGCACCUCCAGAGCCUGGUUCAGGUGGCCAGCAGGGAGCAGCUCUUGUACCUGUACGCCAGGUACAAGCAGGUCAAAGUUGGAAAUUGCAACACUCCUAAACCAAGCUUCUUUGAUUUUGAAGGAAAGCAAAAAUGGGAAGCGUGGAAAGCACUUGGUGACUCGAGCCCCAGUCAAGCAAUGCAGGAAUAUAUCUCGGUAGUUAAAACGUUAGAUCCAGGUUGGAAUCCUCAGAUACCAGAGAAGAAAGGAAAAGAGGCACAUAGUGGUUUUGGCGGACCAGUUGUUAGUUCUCUAUAUCAUGAAGAAACCAUCAGGGAAGAAGACAAAAACAUAUUUGAUUACUGCAGGGAAAACAACAUUGACCAUAUAACCAAAGCCAUCAAAUUGAAAAAUAUGGAUGUGAAUACAAAAGAUGAAGAGAUCAAACCCAGGAAGCACUCUACCACUAAGGGCAGAGCUCUACUCCAUUGGGCAUGUGAUCGAGGACAUAAGGAAUUAGUCUCAGUCUUACUACACUGUAAAGCUGACAUUAAUUGUCAGGACAAUGAAGGUCAAACAGCUCUGCAUUAUGCGGCUGCCUGUGAGUUUUUGGAUAUCGUGGAGCUGCUGCUGCAGUCCGGCGCUGACCCUACCCUCCGAGACCACGAUGGCUGUCUGCCAGGAGAGGUGACAGGCUGCAAAGCAGUUUCCUUGGUGCUGCAGCGGCACAUGGCUAGCAAAGCUUAGUCAGAACACCGGAAAACCACAGUCCAUGGUAGGGUAGCACUUCAGGGAUGGAAGUAAAUGAAAAAUAAGAUUUCUUUGACCACUUGUCUUUGGUAUGUAUUGGCUAAUAAAAUCAGUUCUGAGGAACUGGGAUUUUGAAGUCUCAGCAGU